AUGGUUAUCUUGAGGAGGAGAUAUACAUUGAACAACCUAACAGUAUUGUCACGCCCCGAGAUCAAAACAAUUGAUGAUCAUUUGCUAAGGUUAGGAUUCAAGAAAAGCCUUAGUGAAGCAACAUUGUAUAUUAAGGUUUCUAAUAGUAAUGAUUUAUUAAUUGUUUCUUUAUAUGUUGAUGAUCUUUUGGUGACAGAUAUGGGAGAAAUGUCUUAUUUUCUUGGAAUGGAGAUUCAUCAAGACCAGCAAGGAAUCUUCAUUUGUCAAAGAAAAUAUGCAAAUGAAAACCUGGAUAAGUUUGGGAUGAAAAAUUAUAAACCAAUCAAUACCUUUUUGGCUCAAAAUGAAAAACUCAUCAAGGAAGAUGGAGUUGACAAAAUUUAUAGUUCUAUUUAUAGAAGCUUGGUGGGUUGCUUAUUGUAUUUGAUAACAACAAGGCCAGACAUCAUGUAUGCUGCAAAUUUACUCUCUAGGUUCAUGCAAAAUCCUAGUGAGUUGCAUUUUAAGGCUACAAAAAGAGUGUUAAGAUAUGUCAAAGAACCAAUGAACUUGGAAUUUGGUUCAAAAGAAUGA